ACGCUCGUUGACUGUUCAGCUCGUAGGACGGUUUCGUAUGUGUAUUUGUGGAUGGUAUAUAUUCCAUACUAACUACGCUAGAGAGUAACGAAAAAAAAAAUAACACACAAAUAAUACAAGCGAUUUGAAGAACAACCAUUGGAAAGGAUACAACUCACUUUUCCAUAGUGCACAGGUUCACUCUGUCGUUCACUUUGAGAUAAAUUUUUGGUUCAUUUUUUCAUACUUUUUUCGCAUUUCGAGAAAAGAAACCAAUCAAUUUUUCCGUUUGUUUUGUGACUCUUUUUUUUCUUGAUUUGCCAUUUUGUUUUCAUCGUUGCAAAUAAUAAGCCGUGAAUGUUAUUGUUUUGAGCAAAUCCGUGGCGCUAAACAAAACGCAACCAAAAGUCAAGUGCGGCAAAACGAGCUGUGGAAAAAAAAUUGUUUUGAAUUUUCAUCGAGUGAAUACAAGUUUGUGAGAGAAUAAUUCAAUAUUUUAAAAGCAAGAAGUUUGAUUGGUUUGAUAAAUAAAAGCGUGUGAACAAAUCGACUGAAAAUCUCGUGACAGAAUCGUGUGUCGGCAAAAGGCCGCUGCGAUUUCGUUCUACAUAAACCAAAUUGAUAAUCUCGGAAAAUCGAAAACGAAUUCACACAGCAAAAGGAUUUGUUUAAAUAAUUUGUCGUUUUGCAAUCCAAAAAAAACUACACGGUGCACUUUUUGUUUUCUAUCGUGGAAAGGACACCCGAUUCUAAAUUUAGACCAUUGAAAUUGAACGAAACAUUGCAUGCGGUACGUGACCGUUGUGAGAAAAUCGAUAAAGGAGACGAGGAUCGCACCCACAACACAGUGUUCAUUGAACGAAAAGGAGCGAGAGAGAAAAAAAGCGCAACGAGAAUCAAGAGAACGGUGUCGUGUUUACAUUCCAUUUGCAGCGAUUGACCGAGAGUGCAGUUUGUUUUGAUUGCAUUUUUUUUUUUGGUUUGAUUAGACGGUCUCGAAUAUCUAUAUAUAAAUCGAAGCUCAUUAAAUAAAAUCGGCAAAUUAAAAAGGCGCGCGUAAAGGCGGCCGCUUUGUGUGAAUAGAAAGAAUAAAUCACUUAUUUGACAAUUGCGGUGUGUUUAUCAAGUCACGUCUUUGGGCGCGAAAGAAAGAGGAAGAAAAUUUAAAAGUUGAACACCGUUUUCAUUGAAGCAAGUAUAAGAAGAAGAAAAAAGAAGCAGGAAAUAAAUCCACCAAAUUCAAAGGCAAUACAACCGAGAACUUUGUUACAAAGAAUAUAAUUUAUUACUACUUAAUGUGACGGUUUUAUGUUUGCGCGAACCGCCGUAAAUCCGAAACCAACGACGACGACCACGAAGAAGAAGAAGUAAAGAAUCCUUGUUGUGUCCGACUCUGUAAUUUAUCACGACAACAAAAUUACCAGUUUUCCCGAAGUAAAAACGAAAAAAAAAAUAAUACAAAUAAAAGAAAAACGAAUAGAUAAACGUAAUCAGAUUCGGAAGGAAAUUGUUUAUUACAAUAACAAUAGUCAAAUAAAAAGUAAAAGAACAGUGCGCGAUUGCUUAUAGAGUGUGUAACAAAAAGAAGAAGCAGAAAAUAAAGAAACAUCUAAAGAAAAAAGCGACUGCCAUUUUCCUAUUGACACCGUUGAAUUCACCAAUUCCAACCAUUUGUUUCAUUCAAUAAUACCAUUUGAUUCAAUUGUUUUUUUUUCUCGUGAAAAGUGUGUGAAACAAAAAUAAAACCAGUGGAUAGAAUUACACCGACAACAGUUUGGGCACAACAAUUAAAAAGCGAUAAUAAAAGGUGACGCCACUAUAAUGAGAACGAUACGUUAGCUUUGACUAUGGGAACAGAGGCAUGGGAUUGUGUUCGGACCAUUGGUCGGUAUGGUGGUGUAAGGCAUUAAGCCGAUCGCGAUCAUUCGCCACAACUACACUCAACAACUACCUGCUUACCAUACUCGUUGUUCUUACAACGAUCAACUAUACAAACGCCAAUUCACUUCCAGGUCAACAAGAUGCUAUACAUAUCACGGCCAUACUCGGAGAAAGUGUUAUAUUCAAUUGUCACGUCGAAUUUCCCGGUGAUCAUCCAGUUCCUUAUGUGCUGCAGUGGGAGAAGAAGGUGAGCGAAACGGGCCAAGAAAUACCGAUAUAUAUUUGGUACGAAAAUUAUCCAACCCAUAGCGGAGAAGGUUACGAAGGACGUGUAUCGCGCGUAUCACCCGACUCACCGUUCGGUGCAGCCUCCCUCAAUUUGACCAAUAUUCGCGAAAGUGAUCAAGGAUGGUACGAAUGUAAAGUGGUAUUCCUGAAUCGAUCGCCCAAUCAGCAUAAAAACGGUUCAUGGUUCCAUUUGGAUGUUCAUGCACCGCCACGUUUUAGUGUUACUCCAGAAGAUAUAGUUUAUGUAAAUUUAGGUGAUUCCAUCAUUCAGGUUUGCAACGCCGAGGGCACACCGACUCCUGAGAUACUUUGGUACAAAGAUGCUAAUCCAGUCGAUCCAUCUUCUACUGUUGGUAUUUUCAACGAUGGCACCGAGCUUCGUAUCUCCACAAUCCGUCACGAAGACAUCGGCGACUACACGUGUAUCGCACGCAAUGGUGAGGGGCAAGUCUCUCAUACAGCUCGCGUUAUAAUAGCGGGCGGCGCUGUGAUUAUGGUGCCGCCUACUAAUCAAACAAAAUUAGAAGGUGAAAAAGCGAUAUUUACAUGCGAAGCGAAAGCAAUGCCCGGCAAUGUGACGGUGCGCUGGUUUCGUGAAGGUUCACCAGUACGCGAGGUGGCCUCACUUGAAACCCGUGUCACCAUUCGCAAAGACGGUUCGCUAAUCAUCAAUCCGGUCAGCGCUGACGAUUCCGGUCAAUAUUUAUGCGAAGUGUCCAACGGCAUCGGUGAUCCACAAAGUGCUUCGGCCUAUCUAAAUGUUGAAUAUCCAGCAAAAGUGACAUUUACACCGACCGUUCAAUACCUUCCAUUCCGAUUAGCCGGUGUUGUUCAGUGUUACAUCAAAGCAAAUCCACCGUUGCAAUAUGUAACAUGGACAAAAGACAAACGGCUACUGGAGCCAUAUCAGACGAAGGACAUUGUUAUUAUGAAUAAUGGAUCGUUGUUAUUCACGCGAGUAAAUCAAAAUCAUCAGGGUCGUUACACAUGUACUCCAUACAAUGCACAAGGUACACAAGGCUCAUCGGGUGCAAUGGAAGUGUUAGUACGAAAACCGCCUGUGUUCACCAUCGAACCCGAAUUGCUCUAUCAGCGUAAAGUUGGCGAAUCGGUGGAAAUGAGUUGCGAUGCUCAGGAAGCCGAAGGCACACAACGGCCCAAUAUUCAAUGGCUGCGUCGAGAUGGAAUGCCAUUACAACGAAAUCGUGUCAAAUCAUCCGGUGGAAAUAUUACCAUCGAAAAUUUGCGUCGUUCUGAUUUUGGUUUCUAUCAAUGUGUCGUAUCGAAUGAGGUGGCAACCAUCGUGUCGGGCACACAGUUGGUGAUCGAAGGCACACAACCGCAUGCACCCUACAAUGUAUCUGGCAUUGCGACCGAAAAUUCAAUUACUAUCACAUGGAUGCCCGGCUACAGUGGCGGUCCCGAUUACAAGCAAGACUAUACGCUAUGGUAUAGGGAGGCUGGCAUCAGUGAAUGGUCAACCAUCCAAGUCACUCCAUCUGGCAGCACUUCCGUUACAAUUAACGAUUUAACACCCGGUAAAACGUACGAAUUCCAAGUGGUGGGCAAAAAUGCACUCGGCGAUGGUAUGAUGAGUAAAUUGAUUACUAUCCGAACACUCGAAACGAAGCCACCAAAUAAUGUGAAGUCACCAGUAUCGACAACUACUCCAAAUAUAAGAGAUUUCCCAGUAAUGCCAGAUACAGCUGGUCCAAAGCCUGGUCAACCACGUAAUGUGACUGUAACUGAGUUGCCAAAUGGAUUUAUUAUAUCAUGGCAAGAACCAUUGGAACGUACAUCGCUCAUUCAACACUACACGAUCAGGUAUCGUAUGGAUGCACAAUGGAGAACACUAAACCGGGGUCAGAUUCGUCCAGUUGAUACACAGUAUUUCGUGAAAAGUUUAGUCGGUGGCCGAACAUAUUAUUUCCGUGUACUGGCUCAUUCGCAAAGCAGUUUCGAAUCAAGCGAUGAAGUAAAAUAUCCGGUACCGGCACGUGUUAAGCAUAAAGCUAUAAUGGCCGCUGUUGUUGGUGGCAUACUAUUUUUUAUCGUUGCAAUCAUUCUAUCUAUUUGUGCUGUAAAAAUUUGUAAUCAGCGUAAACGUCGAAAACAGGAAAAAGCAUACAACAUGGUAGCGUGUAGAAUAACGGAUGCCCGAAAUUCACAUUGUCGUACGGGUUCAGCUUCCAGUAGUCAUGUGCCUUUGAAUAAUCAUAAUAAUUUUAGAAAUGAUUCUGAAUAUCGAGAUUACGAGACCGUUUUUAUAAUUCCUGGACCUAGCCAAUUGAAAAAUCAUACCGAAGGAGUCGAAUACCAGGCCUAAAAACGCUCGCUGCAAUUGUACGUUGGGUUUGGCCAUCGGAUCGUUGCACGAACUGUCAAUCAAUCUAUUCGAUAACCCGGCCCAGUGACAUGAUUACAAAGAAAAUCGAUCAAAUCCAUCGGUCGACCGAUGGUCGUUUCGUCAUAACAUAUGGUUCGGAUUUGGAAAUUUCUCGGCCAACAAGUGCAACUGGUUCGAAUUCGAGUGAAAGUGAUGAUGGUGGUUUUUUGCCGCGACAAGCACCGCCAGCAGCAAGUACACAACAGCAAAUUGAUAACAAAUUGCGAACAUCUUGGCGCCGGCCGCUUGUUUCAUAUCCAAGUGAAAUGAGCUUUGGUCCAGUAACACCAACGCCUCGUCGUGCAUCACAUGAUGGCUUAUUGCGUAUCGGCGACGGCGGUAGUGGCAGCAAUAAUGGGCAGCCGCUUCUACAAAUUGUGCCAGUUGAAUUGCAUCCAAUACCGCCAACCUAUCAAAAUAUCGAAUCAUUGGAUCGCAGUGCAAUGCGUCAUACACUUCCGUAUCCACAUACACCGUCGCGUGUUUCACGCAUUGUAUCUAGUUCACCGGCUGUUUCUAGUCCAAUGGCACAUUCAUCAAUCAUUUUAUCACCGCAAAGCAUGUACUUUAGCGAUCUAUCAUCGGUGCUGCAGGCAAGCUCACGUGAUCGCUCAUAUCCGACGCCGCACAAUUCGAAUAACAUAAGCCAAUUGCGAUUGCUACAAGAGCGUUACGCACAAGAGUUGCCAUCGUUGCGUGCGAUACACGAGGAAACGCAACGAAUGGCACAACAAUACAAUCCAUUGCAUGCACAAAUGCUACACACACCGUCCCAAUAUCUACCAAAUUCAUAUUAUCAGCCUCAUUUGCAUCACAUGAAUUAUGGCCAACGGCAACAGCACCAGCAACAACCGUUGGUGCAUCAAAGACCAAAAUCAAGAUUACUACCUCGACACGUUCGCAUGGCUCGAAGUGCACCUGAACUUGGAUUGCCAGCCGUUGUCAAUUAUAUCGACACCACGAUGGAAGCAUCACCGGAAAGUCAAUCGAGCUCAAGCGGUUUCGGCAGCCGAAACACAUCACAUGCCGCCCACCAGCAAAAUCAUAGCUCACGCUCAGGAAGCCAGCCAAGUGUUCGCAAUUUACCACCGUAUCGGCCACCACCACAACCAUUGUACUAUUACUAUCCAUACGAUGCAUCGUCAACGUCACAACAUUCAUCACCAUACACAAUGGAGCACUGGGUCGAUUUAAUCAAACAAAUGUCCGGCAGCGGCGUCGGCGAUGGUGACAGUUAUUUAAAUGCCACCAAUAACAGCGAAACACAACGUGCAAUGGAUGCCAAAGCCGUUGACGUGGGCAGCGUUGAUGGUCACUAUGAAUUCGAUCCGGCCACGGCCACACCAACGCCGACUGCAUCAACACCGACGGGAGCAACACGUGACGACCUCUUAUUAUCCACACGCGACCUUGUUCUACCAGACAAUUCCCAAUUUACGUUACUGCACACGCAGUCACUGCAACCGUACCAACGCAAACGCGUAUCCAAAUAUGAAAAUAUGGAGGCACGAGUGCAGGCGAUGAAAGAAGAAUUUUAUGCUUAUCGAAAACGUCAAGCUAUGCAAAUGCAACAACAUUCAAACGCCGUCACCGCCAAUAAAAAUAGUUCGAUUGAACUAGAAAGCGCUUGUUAACUAGAAUUUAAAUGAAACUAAACUAAAAAUGAAAUGAAAAUGAAAAGAAAAAAAAAACAAAUAUCUCUGUUCUACACACAACACACACAAAGAAAACCAACAACAAAACGAUCACUCAUUAACUAAGAAAAAGAAAUGAAGAAAAAUCUAAUGUUUAAAUUAAGAAUGACGAGAGAAAAAAAUACGCAGAAAUACUGCGAUUUUGAAACUUUUGAGUAACAAUUCAUUUUGGUAAUUGUUACUCACUCACUUUCUCCUUCUCUCACCCACACAACAACAACAAAUAUUCACUUAACACAUACAAUUGAGUAGAAAAACCAAUCGCGACAUUUUUUAGCAGACGACGAAAGAAGAAAAAAAACAAACACUUAAUUUUGAAAGACAUUGAGUGAUCACUGACAUUGAUCUCGUUAUUAGAAUACACACGACAACAACAUGAACAACAACAACAAAAAAAAACAAUUUAAUUAGGAUGAAUAUUUACUAUGAAUUAAAUAGCGAAACAUUCCGAAUACGAAAAAAAAACAACUUUUUAUAACAAUUUUUUUUUCGAUUCACUUGAAAAGACGAACAUGCCGACACGGAUGAGCCGAGUUCUCGAUGGCUCAACGCGACGGCAACUUUAUUGACUCAUGGAAAAUGGAAUUACUAUUGGUUUCAAACUAAAAACAUGUUAAAACAAACAUUGUGUCGGAAUGGAAAAGUCAUCCUCUUGUCAUCUAUCACCUCCAGUCAAUGUGCAAGAAUCACCCUCUCUUUCCCCAUCCCGCUUCGUAAUUAUUAUUUGUUCUACAGCCAUUUAGAUUCUAUUUGCGUUAAUUUGUAAGAUUUUGUUCUUCGCAUCGGCUUUGGAAAAAAAAAAUUCUUCUUGAACUUCCGCCUAAGCGAGUUUUUUCUUUCGGAGAAAACAAUAAGAAUUCUUUUGUUUAAGUAAAUUCCUUUAUUAUAGAGUAAGAUUUUUUUUCUUCUUCUUCGUUGAAAUUACAAGAAUGUUUUAACAAAUAUUUUAUGUUGGUCCCACCAGAAAUUUUGUGUUCACGUUAUAGUUUUGCGUUUUUUUUUUUUAAGAAAAAUCAAAUCCAAAUUGUUUUAAUUUUAUCAUAAUAUGUUUCUAAAAUUCGUUUAAUUUUUGUAAAAUUAAAUUUUCAUUCGAUUCGACAUUAAAGACAUUAGGCUUAUUCUAAUCAGUUUGUAGCCCACCUGAGGUUGUUUCGGUGCGAUAUCCGAUUAUACACAAAUCAAGACUGGUCUUCGCCAUUUCCAUAUGUCAAAACGAAUUAAAACAGACAAGAAUAUAAUUAAGAAUAUAUAAAAGAAAAUUGACCUUUAACACAUGGAUAUUCAUUUAGAAAAGGAAACAAAACCACGCCGACUUUUCAAGAAGGACGAUAUAUUGAGAGAAUAAAAAAAAACUAGCGAUCUUUGAAUGUCUUUUGUCCAAAAGAAACAAAGAACGAAUGAAAAAAAACAAAACUGUUUGUGUCGCCAGAUUUUCAUUUGAAUGUUGAAAUAUUGUGUAAAUAAAUAAAUUUAGGAAAAAUUUGUAUCAGCCGAAUAAAAACUAUAAUUCAGAGGAGGGCGGAGAAUAAAAAAGAAGAAGAAGGUGAAGUAGAUGAGAAAUAGCGUGAUUGCUAGUGUAUCGCGCGCAUCGUGAAUUGUCCGCGACACCGACGAUUAUAAGUUCAAUAUAAGACAAUUUUAAAAAUGAAGAUGAUUGAGCAAAAAACAUGAAAUAUUUAAUUUAUUUAUCAGAAGAAGAAAACAAAUCCUGAGACACAAACAAGAGAAUAUGUCACACUAAAUCUCUCUCUUCAACCAGAACAACGCGCUAGCAAUAAACGUUUUUGUAAAAAUGCAAGUUCUAAAUUACAAACUAAUUAUUAUUAAAACACAGAAAGAAAGAAAAAAUUAAAAAAAAAAAACGAUUUUUAAAGCAAAAAAAAAACCUAGUGUGGUGAGAAUGAAGGAUUGUGAAACUAUUUAACGUAAAGAAAAAAAAAUUUAAAGAGAAUAACAUAAAAGUGGAUGAAAUGCACCUAGCCAUAAUGCGCACGUAUUCAACAAGAAUAUUUAAAAAAAAAAACUUAAUAGCUCGUUUCUCAAUGCGGCCACCCGUGCCGAUGACAGCCAACAACAACUGAAUUCUCUCUACUGCUUAAGAUUUAAAACAUUGAAACACACAAGUCUAAACGAGGAAAUAACUUUUAGUUUUACUCUUACUUUUCCUCAAUUUUCUCUUUUCGAGCAUCUUCAGCGAAAAACACUCACUCAAAUUGGCAGGUAGUAGCGAUUAAAAUAAACAAAACAUUUUAACCACUUCAAUAUUUAUUAAUAUAUAUAAAAAAAAGAGAAAAAAUCUAGAUGAAAAACGUAAAAUCGAAAUAGACGUUAAAGAAUUAUUAUGUGUAUUUAAAGAAGAAAAAAAAAGCAGAGCAGAAAUUAAUGAGAAGACGAUAAAGAAUUACUGAAAAUUGAACAGCAGAGAUUUUAAAUAUAGUUGAAGAAAAAUUUGAAUGGACAGAUUUAUAGGCACACACACUCCAUAAUAAUAAUAAACAUUAACGAUAAUGAACAACAACAGCAACAAAUUAUAUGCAUAAUUAUAAAUACACACCCACACACACACAAUUUAGUCUAUGAUAUUUGAGGGUCGACGAUUUGUCGAUCCGUGUGAAAAGUGUGUGAAUCGUUCUGUAGAGUCUACAACAACAACAAAUUAAUUAAUUUUCAAUGAGUGAAUUAUUUGAUUAACGAAUUGAGCGUUUGUUUAUAUAUCGAUUCUAUUUUAAAUGUAUUUAACUAAACAAAAAAAGAGACAUAAUAAAACAAAACCAGUGAGCGAUAGAGUAUUUGAUUAACUAAAUUAGUAAACUAUCGAAUGGUCAAAUGCUAAACAAAAGCCAUACACACACACACACAUUUAUACCAUUCUCUCCAUAUAUUCAAAAUAAAAAACCAAAUGCCCCGGUAUCAACACACACAAUAUUUCAAUCAUUUUUUUCGAGUCGAACACAUGCGACAACAUACAAUAGCUAACGAAUUAACGAAUUGUUGUCAAAUUCUUCGAAAUUUACUGCGAUUUUUGAUAGCCUCAUCCAAUUCUACACACAAACACACACCCGAUUUUACUAGCGAUUGACAUAAACAACAAAAACAUUACUGCAUAAUUGAAUCAAUUUAAAAUUUUAUUGCACAUAAAAAAGCAAACUUAAUUCACUAAACAAACAAGAAAUUACUUACGAGAAGACAACAAAAAAAUGGAAAAAAACAUAAUAAGACACAAAUUAAAGCAUAAAAAAGUAAUGUAAUUUAAUUUUAAACUUAGGACAUAGUUAUUUAUUUAAUGGAAAAAAUAAUAAAGUAAUAAAUAAUAACGGUUUAAAAGAGAAAACAAAAACGCAUUUAAAAACACAAACACACACACACUCAAGCAACAAAUCCAAUGUAAAUGUAUCUACUGACUACACAAAAACACAACACACGAGACGAUAUAAUUCUAACAUUAUUACGACAAUGGUAAAUUGAUAGCAACAACUACGGUAGUUGAACUACCAAACCAAAUUUUAUUAGAGAUUCUUCGAAACCAACAAUAUUCCUCAGAACGUUUAACAACAACAACAAUUUAAAUUAAUUUAAUUAAAGCCAGCAUGUCUGACAUAGUGAAAAGCAAACAACAACAACAACAACAAAACAAUGAAUAAUAUCCUCACUCAUAACAAUUAUUAAAAUAAAUAAGGUGAAACAAAAACCAAACUUUAGAUUGCUAUGUGGAUCAACGAUUGAUGAAAAAAAAACAAAAAAAAACAAA